AUGAUGGACGCCCGCUUGGGGGACAUCGAAAGACGCCUCCCCGCGGAGUCCCUAAGGCCUCCCCUAGGCGGCCGAAGUAGUGCGCCCGCCUCCGAGGCGACGCCUGCUGCCACCGCCAUCGCCGCAGCCGCCCCGAGGUUGGUUCCCUCCGCCGCGGGCCCCGAGUCGAUACCGGGCCUCUCCCCGGCCCGAAACGCGCCUACUGACCCGCGACCCAAUAAAAAGGCCAAGAGGAAGGCUCCCCCGCCGAAGGCUACUGCUGCCCCUCCUGCGGCGCCACUCGCUGUUCCCGCCGUCCCUGCCGGCCCUGACAUGGCGGCCUCCAUGCCGACUGACCAGGCAGAAACGCCCUGGUCACAGGUAGUCGGCCGCAAGGCCAGGAAGGCCAAAACGGCAGCUGCCGCCAUCCAAGCGGCACGGGCCCCCGCCAAGGCGGCCCCCAAGACGGCUCCCAGACCCAGGGCUCUCGCCACCCCGAAAUCAUCGGCGGUGGUGAUCACGCUGAGGCCCGAAGCGGUGGCGGAAAAGGGGGUCACUUACAAGGGGGUCCUAGAGGCGGCGACCGCUGCGAUCGAUUUGGGCAGAGCCUCGGCAUCCCGCACUCAGGCUGGCCCCCAACGGGAGGGGGUCAGCCCUCGUUCGCUGCCCGGUGACGGCGGCCCAACGGGUGGCGGCUGCCGGCUGCCUGUUGGUGGGGUGGUCCUCCGCCGGGGUCCAUGUGAUGGAGCCCCUCCCCAUGCGCUGCUUCAGGUGCAUGGGGAUUGGCCACACCAGAGCCCUCUGCCCGUCUAG